UACUUUCACUUUCAAGCUUUGAGUCUGUAGAAUGUGCUAGAGAGAGUGAGCGUGAAAAACAGACAGAGAGAACUUGAAAAAGAGAGAGAGGGAGACUGAAAAACAGAGACAGAGGGAGAGAGAGAAACAGAGAGAGAAACAGGCAGACAGCGACACUGGGAAGGAGAGAGGAGAGGAAUUACAAAUAUACAGAGAGCAAGGAGAGAGAGGGAGAAGGGGGAGACAGAUGUCAACAAGUGCAAGAGAGGGAGGGACUGAAAACAAGGUAGAGGGAGAGAGAGAGAGAGGGGAGAGUGAGGGAGCAAGGAAAGAGAGUUUAAGAAUGUCAAGACUGAAGUGGAGAGAGUAGAGGAGAGGAAGAGAGAAAGAGGUGAGCCACAGAGACUGAGACUCGACACAGGAGGAGAAGAGGAAGAGAUGACACUGAGAGCUUUGCUCUUUCUCUCCAUUCUGCUCAGUGGGGUGGGAGGUCGUGACCCCCCUAUCGUGAGCAACCUGCUGAAAGUUCUGGAGCACGAGGUCACUGGCUUUAGAGCUGUGUUCCCGAAAAAUUACAACACGACGCACUAUUACAAUGAGACUCUGCUGUGCAGCGGAGAGGAGGAGGAGUGCUGUUUGCUGCGUGCUGCCUCAGUCCUGUCUCAGGAUUGGUACUCUCUGCUCUCAAACCUCUGGCCAGAGAACAUGAAGACUAACAUCAUUAAGGAGCUGCAAUGGCAACUGAGCAGGCUCACUGAGGAGCGUGUCAGCCCCCCAGUGGAUGUCUCCAGGCUGCCCCCCCUCUCCUCCUCCCCUGAGCAGCUCCUCUCCCUCACCUCCUCCCUGUUGAAGCACUGGCUCAGAAUUUACAGCACCCUAACUCACUCAUGUGAGGGGAGAGAGGGUGAGGGAACUGAGUGGGAGGGGGAGGCUGAGGCUGGGCCUGAGAGGGGAACUGAGGAGGAGGGGGCGAGAGAGAGUGAAAGGAAGAGGCACAAAGGAUUCCCAGUAACAGAAUCCCCUGCUGGACAAGCUGCGGUACUGCAGCGCACGCAGAUGGCUGUAAUCUGCCUAGCGACAGCGGUUCAUUGGAUGGGACUGUAGCCACCAUUGACACAGCACUAGAGACACCUACUGGCCUGUUUGUAGGACUGCAGUGUAAUCCGCCUAGCGACUGUAAUCCGCCUAGCGACAGCAGGUCAUUGAGUGGGACUGUAGCCGCCAUUGAACAGCACGAGGAAUUCUGGAUUGCAAUGUAAAUCUGCCUAGCAACACAAAAGCACUUUAUGGGAGCAAUUACCAGGACAUACUGCAUGGAUAAGUACUAUAAUUGCAUUUCAGUUUGUAUGAGAAACAAACCACAAUUAAACAAAGUUACAUCACAAAGUCGAAAUUAAGAUGUGACGACACAUAGCCUGUUUAUGACUUUUCCUCCUGUUUUUCUUCAGAUUCUCAGUAUGUCUUUUAAACUGCCACCUGAUGUUUGUAUUUAAAGAAUUUGGUCAUCGGAGACGAAGAAAACAAAAACACAGCAAACGGAAACUGCUGAAUUAAACAAAAGCCUUGGUUUCGCUCUCUUGAGUUAUGAUGUCACCGGUUACAUGACAUAACAGCGAGUCCAAAACCACGGACAUUACAGCGCCCACAAUUACAGCGACUGCCCGUAACAGCGCUACGACAUCACCGCGCCGAGCAAUGAUUCAAUUCCCAUAAGACUGUGAAGUUCACAAAAGCAUCACUUACCAGGAACUCGGACACACGACGCAGUCAGAGUGGGGUUCACCACAGCUUUUCUGAUUGCAGAAGACUAUAGUUUGUUUUUUUUCACUGUCCCCAUAGAACUCCAUCAUAAUUAGACUGGUAAAUACGAUAAGUAAAACCUCCAUGCAAUAAAAGCGUGUUUCCACAAGCAUUUUUAUAUAGAUUUUUUUUUUGUUUUUCACUUGUUGCAGAAUGAUA